AUGAUGAUAAUGAUGAUAAAGAUUUUGUUAUUGGUGUGUUUUAUCAGAUGCCAGAAAAGUUGUAAUAGAAGUGCCGAAGAUCUUCUUGUUUGGAUAAAAAAUAAGGACUAUGAUGGAUCCGUGAGACCGAACAUGACUGGUAAGCAACAUAUCCGAGUGAAUCUCAUGGAAGAUACUAAUCGUAACAAUAAUUUGAGCCAUUUUUCUCAAGAGUCUCCGUUUUGAGAAUAACCAAGGCAUAAAAAAAUGACGCCCGAGAUUUAGCGGCUGCUAGGGAGGGGUGAAGACAAUGGGAAAGAACAGAACUCUGAGAGUUUCUUCUAUUUACUGUAAUAAUUACCUCAGUACUUUAUCAGUCUGAAUUUCGACUUGGUAAAUGACAAAGAAAGCAUUAUAAAAAGCGAAAAGUCGUCAACCGCCUCCUUUUGGCAAAUGACAAUGUAACGUACAGCGCUUGGGAAACUGAUAUUGCUUUGAAUAGGCUACAGAUCGGUGUUGAUUUCUUUACCUUUCCUCUUUCUUGCAGGAGGUCCAGUUGUGGUCGAUAUUGAGACAUACAUUUCAAGUGUGAGCUCUAUCGACGAAAAAGAUAUGGUAAGCAAAAUUUUUCCGAAAAUUGUGAAAGGAAAAAUGAAGGGUUUUUCCCGCCCUUUCUCAUUUUCAUUUUGACCAAAAAUCCCUAAAAGCAAGUCAAGGAAAUAAAUUCCAGAGUCAGCUACCGCGGUUUCGCGAUUCCCUUCGUUUUGGAAGCUGGAUUAGACGAGUAAAGACAGGCAAAAGAAAUUUUAUGGAUGAUGGAAAAUGCAAUUUACACGACAUAUCACAUGGAAGUCCGGCUGACGAAAUCACUUAACACAACCUUUCCUCUCCUCCUAGGAAUUUUCUCUGGACAUGUUCUUUAGACAACGCUGGAAGGAUUCUCGUCUCACUUAUCAACCACUGCCAGACAAGGGAAUAAAUCAGAGAGUUAUUCUAAGCCCUGAAUUAAGCAAAUACGUUUGGCAGCCCGACCUAUAUUUCAGGAACAGUAAAGAUGCUCGUUUUCACAUGGUACCCACGCAAAAUGUGUUGUUUGGCGUCAGCCCGGAUGGGAGUAUUCUGCUGAGUGCAAGGUCAGCUAAGCGCUUCUGAUUGGGUGGAAACGGGUGUCAUGUAACACGAGUGCAAAUUAAAAAUAGCGCGCGCACGCUCUCCAAAUUUCGUCUGUCUUGACUUUCUGUGAUGCUUUUUAUGUACAUUAUUAACAAGAAAAAACAUGAUUUCUCUUGCGAUUUCUCUUGCAAAAUUGCACUCUCCCUACGGACUCGUGCAAUUUUGUUGUUCUUGAAAAGUUUUCUCGCGCUUAUUAGCACUAAAUUAGCACUCGAAAUCUGCAUGUUAUUACCUAUGCAAACAGUGUUGUGGCAUCUCACUCGUGGAACAUUCUCACCCCUGGAAUACUUUGAGGUUCCUUCAUGCGUUGUUCGUUUAUUUUCUUUGUGCAAAAAUAAAAAUAAAAGAUAACUUAAUACAUGGUGGCAUUUUAUUUAUCUCUACUUACAGAAUUACAACCGUGCUGGCAUGUCAAAUGAACUUCCGCGAAUUUCCUAUGGAUCGUCAAACCUGUCAUUUCUACGUUGGUUCUUGUAAGCACAAAUGCUUUUCAUAUUUUUUUUGUGGAAAAAUAAGGCCUUUGUUAUGUGCAAGCUCAUAGCCAGGCAAUUGUUGCGUUCUCAAAUUUAGCCAACGCAGUGUGACCAGCAAACAUCGUUUCCGUUUUCUAAUGAGGACGGAAAGUUCAAUUAACACGUUUUGUAUAGAAAAAGGGGGCCUUACAGAUGAUAACUAGUACUCUAGCCAUCAGGACAUAAUAAUUAUGGAAAUGUUUGUGUUUCUUACUCUUAUAAGAUUCACAGACAGAGGAUAACGUCUUAGUAAGAUGGAGAAACGGCCAAGGAGUGAUUGUUCCCGAAGAGCUGGAGAUUCCUCAAUACGACCUCAACCGUGUGGUGAGCAAGGAUCGUAAAGGAGUGUACAAUACAGGUUUGAGAUGAAUUACAUUUUGUCUCUUUGCUCUGAAUAGGCAGCGGGAGUUGUUACCGUCUUCCCAAUAAAAUUCUUGUGAAAAUGAAAUCAUGACUUAAUCUUUUUCACUUCCUAAAUUUUCUGCAGUUGUAUGACCAAGUAGAUGAAAGAGAGGAUAAAGUGAUUAGGCAAGUACGAGUGGAGCAAUUUUUGCACUCAGAGCCUUAUUGCUUGAUUCGUCUCCAAAUUCAGUAAUUUAAUCUGUUUUCGAAUAAGUGUUUGGUACCCAGAAGGUAGUUUUGUUUUCUUUAUUUCCUGUGAGGUAGCCCCAGGUUCUAGCCGUGUUCAACUCCUUAGCCGCACUUUUUAUGCAGCCCACUUGUCUGCCGCCUGCCAGUUGGGGUUUUUUUACGUUUAUUCGCCCUGUUUCAAUUUUCUUUCACCCUGAGAAGCUUUAUUCGGGGAGUGAUCAAUUAAGUAUACUCACAUUUCUUUUUCUCUCCAGGAGUUUUCUCAGAGCCAGAGGCAACAUUUGUAUUCAAGAGACGCCUAAUGUUUUAUGUCUAUGGGUUUUAUCUGCCUGUAACUUUAGUCGUACUUCUUAGUUGGAUCUCAUUCUGGAUUGAUCCCGAGUCUACCCCGGCUCGUGUUUCUCUCGGAGUCAUUACCAUUCUAGCCAUGGGCAACUACCUUCAUGGAGGAGGUGCAACUCCAAAUGUUUCGUACGCAACUGCUCUUGAUGUGUACGUCAUCACGAGUUUUGUGUUCGUUUUUGCAAGCCUGAUGGAGUACGCGGCGGUGCACUGCGCAUUGGUCAAAUACCAGGAAUCCGAUCUCAAUGAGGUAUUGAUAUUUGUAUUUCGGACAGGUGGAGAAAUACUUUUACACAAACAGCGACGGACAAGAGUUGCAUUUUUUCUCUCCACCUUUCAGCGUUUUAUGCAGUAAUGGCAAAUAUUUGCAUUUGUGUUGGAAGUUUAUUUAUUUUCCUUUUGAAUGUUAAAUCUAUCUAAGGUUUUAAAGAGUUGAAGUAGAGAUCAGUGGUAAAUUUUGCCGUUCUCGUUACCUGAACCUUAUACCUUAUGAGUAACAUCCGCUCUAAAUUUAGAACGAAUCACUAGCAUGGGAAAGAACUUAUGUGGGGAUUUGGAUAACAGUAUUGUUAAGGUGGUCAUUUCUUCAGCGAACCUUUCCUUGCCUAAUCCAAGGAUGAUGUUAUUUUGAAUUAAUCAAUUCUUCUUCUCCUUUCUUUUAAUUUCAGCCGUGUGAGCUAGUCAAAUUUGGCAAUCCAGUAGAAUGUCAAGACUCUGAAGAAGGAAUGGUCAACGGAAGCUUUUCUAGCUCGAGCACUGUACAACUUCCUGUAACGUUACGCAGUAAUGAGGAGAGAGGACACACCCUUAGGCGCAAGUCUAUCGUGCAAGAGGCCAAAUUGUACUAUAUCCAGUUCAAUUACAAAUCACUGGAGAGCUAUUCACGGGUUGCCUUUCCUCUACUUUUUGCAAUAUUCAAUGUUAUCUACUGGUUUACGUACUGUGGAUCAAAGGUCGGUGAUCAAGGAAUCUGCUGA